AUGAAGCUUGCGACGAUGCUUGCCUUGACGACGGCCGUCGCGGCCCAGACAUGCACCAAGCUUACGGACCCCGCGAGCCCGAUGAACGCGUUCCUCACCAAGACGUUCGGCGCGUCCAACGAGACAGAGGGCGUCAUGGCGGUCCUCAACCAGCUCCCGGCGAGCGUCCUCACCUGCUUUGGCUCGAUCGACGUGACGGCGGCGAUGCCAACGCUCUUGGCCAGCGUUGGCACCGAGCCCAAGUGCACGCCCGCUCUCAUGUGGGUCACGACGCUCAUGAACGGCGCCAAGACGGACGCGCCCAAGAAGAACGAUGCUGCUUGGUGGAGUGCCAACUUUACGGACGCCGACCUGCAAAAGGUGUGUACGCCGCUGACGACGAGCGUGACGCCGUGCUUCAACAACGCGCUUGUGCCCGCGGUCUCCAAGCUCAUCGAAGGCAACGCGUGCUGCACGGACUUUGUCGCCGCCAUCAAGACCAACUUUGGCCAAUCGCUCUCGGCGAUGCUCUCGGACCUCUUCAACAAGGCCGUCGACGCCGCGUGCUUGGUGCAGACGCCGGGCUUCUCGACGCCCAACCAGACGUGCGCCUACUCGCUCUCCAAGAGCUUCCUCAACAACGUCAACAGCUACGAGACGCUCCUCAAGAACGGCCUCGCGGUGACGCAGAUCCCGAACGACCAGGGCUGCGCUGCGGUCGAAGGCAACCCGUUCAAGACGACGGCCGGUGUCGCUGUCUCGGACGUUUUUACCAAGCCGAUCGUGCCGGGUGCGUGCGCCAAGCCCGUCGAUGCGUUCGUGACGUACAUUGCGUCGUACCCGAUCGUCAAGACGUUUACGUACGGCAACAUCACGAUCAACGACCUCUUCGCCGAGGGCAAGUGCGUCAAGGGCUCGGCCGUCAAGGCGCUCUGGGCGGAUAUUCCCAUGGAAAAGUCCAUGAAGGUUGGCCUCGACACGAUCAUCAACGACAACGUGUGCUUCCACAUCGCCAACGGCUACACGGCCACGUGCAAGACCGUCUCGAGCCUCUCGGGCACGCCGGCCGGCGGUGACAAGGCGACGACGACGCCGACGACCGCGCCGCUGGCCAAGCCCUCGUCCGCCACCUCGCUCUCGGCCUUUGCCACCAUGGCCGGUAUGACGGCACUUCUUAUUGCUGCGUAA